CGUAUCGAACUCGACGCGUUUGGUCUGUUGUCGGGGUGUUGUGCGGCGCGUCAUUGUCGUGAAUUUCGCUGCAUUUUUUGCAAUUGCUGUGUCCAGCGUUUUUGUUGUUUUGUGGAAAAUUCAAAAGCAGAGCCGUCGAGCCUGCGGAUGCUUGGUUUGUGUGCUGUGAGUGGUUUGUGUGGCUCGCUCGAGACGGGCCGAAAGGAAUUCCUGGGGCGACGGGAUAGAACCGUUCCCGAUAUUCCCGCUCAGGUGAAGUGUGGCGCGAUCUCCUCGAGGGGGGACGACGCAACAAUCCCGCCAAAAAAUUGAUAUGCUAACGGUUGCACGGGGGUGAUCUGAGCGUUGAAACAUAAAAUUGGAAAGUGCUCCAAGGGUCGUUGGUCGAGGCUUGUCCUUGCGAAAAUUGAGAAGUGGAAAGUGUGGCUGAGUGUCUUGCGGAGGUGAUGGUCUGGGGCCGCACUCCGUUCGUAUGAACCCCGCCCAGCGGCUCCUUGAUCCCGUUCUCCACGGGAAUAUCCCCAUUAACCGAAGGAAGUUUGCCUGAAUCGCGCCCACACUGAAUUUUACUUUGGAGGCUCCGUUCUGUGCGUUUUUCCAGUCAGUUGGCGCCCGUGUUCCUUUCCGGUCCCCGUUCUGUCCUUUUGCUUCUGCCGUUCCCGCUUCUUGGUCAAAGCAGUGACGUGUGAUUGUGAGAAAUUACCCGCGGCCGCGAACCUAUUCCGUUACUACUUUCGCGCCCUGUCCACUAUCCGCGGGAUGUACCGUUACUUUCCGCUACGCCCCACAGUGUCCGGCUUCUGGUUUUCGACCCUUUUGCAGCGACGAUGAUCCGCGCCACGGUCCGCAAGGAUACACAAGUAGUGCUCCGGGUUUAUGCUGUCCUGGCCCCACGUCCGACGUAGGGUCGCAGGCGGGAGUUUGUAGUUGUUUUCCUUUUUCCCGCUCGACGCAAUCGAGUGCUAUUGAGAAUUGUUUGAAGCCAGUAUCGGGUCCGGGUGACGUCCUUGAAGGAUCCAUUCGUUUUCGGCGAGAGGGUGGCCGCCAGCUAACAGGGACGUGUUCGAAAUCGUAAUCUUGGCUGCCGAAGGAUUACAGAGAAGCCCAAUCUGGGAGACUCGCAACAAUGAUGAAAGGACGACACUUUUCGAGGAUUAAAUCAGGUCAAAUGGAUAUGACAAAGCUGUUUAUUCUAACUGCUCUAGCACUGCUCUCCUUCACAUAUGCCGAUGAAUCGAUUGACACACGAGAAGGUGAAAAUGUGACGCUGAAAUGUCGUUUCACCGCACAAAGAUCAGACACCGGCUUUUCCCACUAUUGGGCACGGUCCACAAGCCCAUCCAAAUUUGAAAACGUUGCCAUUGAGAAAAUUCAGUUGGAUUCGAAUUACAGAAUUGACUAUAAACCAGAACGUGGUAUCUACGAUCUGCAAAUUCUCAAUGCAUCGUAUAGUCGCGAUAAUGGACGUUUUGAGUGUCGUGUUAAAGCGGCCGGUACAGGUGCCGAUGUCCAUCAGGAACAUUAUAAUUUGACAGUUUUGACACCACCGCAACCACCACUGGUUGCACCUGGAAUCAAUGCAAUCGCCACGGAGGGUAUGAAGCAAGAGCUGACAUGUAGUAGUAUAGGCGGCUCACCGGAUCCAACAAUUACAUGGUAUCGGGAUGGUAGCAAUAUACCAUUGGAGGCGCCCCUAAAUAAGGGUGGUUCACGAGAUUUGCAGACAACAUCGACCCUAUCUAUUGUUCCAAAACGUGAAGACGACGGUGCCAAGUAUAAAUGCGUUGUUUGGAAUCGAGCCAUGCCGGAGGGCCAACGUUUGGAGACAACCGUUACACUUAAUGUUAACUAUUAUCCUCGUGUUGAGGUCGGACCGGAAAAUCCGCUUCGUGUUGAAUUAGGAUCCCGGGCGAAAUUGGAAUGCAACGUAGAUGCCAAGCCACGGGCAUUCAACGUGGGCUGGACACAUAACGGCCAAACUGUUAGCCAAUCCCUGAUACAUACAAUCCAAAGCGUGUCGAAGCGCGAUGGCGGGACAUACACGUGCACCGCUGAAAAUGGUCUGGGCAAAUCCGGUGAACAGGAUAUCGAAUUAGAUGUCCUUUAUCCGCCCGUUCCGGUGCUCGAAUCAAAGACCAAAGAAACUGAGGAGGGGGCAACGGUUAACAUUCGUUGCAAUGUCACAUCGAAUCCGCCACCCGUGACUGUAGAAUGGCUCAAGGAAGGUUCUCCAGAUUUUCGGUUUAAUGGCGACACUUUAACAUUAACUAGCGUACGAGCCGAGCAUGGAGGUACUUACGUUUGUCGAGCAGUGAACGUGAUGAAACCGUUCGGGAGGAAGAGGGAGGAGCGCGUAGGGAAUUCUACAAUAGCAUUAUUAGUGCGACAUAGACCAGGACAGGCAUUUAUAACGCCCAACAAGCCAAUUGUGCAUGUUGGAAACGGAGUAACAUUGACCUGUUCAGCAAACCCGCCUGGUUGGCCUGUACCGCAAUUCCGUUGGUUCCGCGACAUCGAAGGUGAAAUUUCAACUCAGAAAAUUCUCGCGACCGGUUCCCAGUACGUGAUUCCCCGCGCUCAUUUGGGUAGUGAAGGACGUUAUCAUUGUCAUGCCGCCAACGAGCUUGGACACGGAGAUAUGGCUACUAUUUCGCUUGAAGUUCAUCAGCCUCCACAGUUUCUGGCGAAGCUGCAACAACAUAUGACUCGACGUGUAGGAGAUAAGGACUUUACGGUCACAUGCGGAGCAAAAGGAAAGCCGAAACCCUCAAUUCGAUGGCUCAAGGAUGGAGUGGAAAUAAAUCCUGAUUUGAAUUUGUACGAGGUGAAGACUAACCCGAGCGAUAAUCCUAAUGGAAUGGUAACAGUGCAGAGCAUGUUGAAAUUUAGUGGAAAAUCUAGACCAAAUACAAAUGAGCUGAUACCGGGGGAUAGAGGAAUGUACACAUGCCUCUAUGAAAAUGAGGUUAGCACGGCUAACUCAAGUAUGUUUUUGCGGAUUGAACAUGAGCCUAUAGCUUUGCAUCAGUACAAUAAAGUUGCCUAUGAUAUCCGAGAGAAUGCGGAAGUAGUGUGUCGUGUCCAGGCCUAUCCCAAGCCCGAGUUUCAAUGGCAGUUUGGGAAUAACCCUUCACCGCUAUCAAUGUCCUCAGAUGGGCAUUAUGAAAUAAUCACAACAACCGAUAAUAACGAUGUUUAUACGUCCGUGCUUAGGAUAUCCAAUUUAGGACACAACGACUACGGGGAUUAUUCCUGCCGAGUGGUCAAUUCUAUUAGUGGCAUCCGUGAAACUAUUCGUUUGCAACAGAAGGGACCCCCGGAGAAGCCUAACAAUCUCCAGGUGGCCGAUGUUGGAUAUAAUUUUGUAACGCUACUGUGGGAUCCAGGAUUCGAUGGUGGUAUCAGCACAACAAAGUAUUUUGUUUCCUACAGAAAAGUGACGAUGCCGAGAGAUGAACAAAUGAUUCCAGAUUGUGCAACACUCGCUACGCACAAUACCGAACCACAAGAGCACGACUGUCAUCGGGAGAUACCAUGCAAAAUUCCGAAUCUUGAGCAACAUCAAAGCUACUCGUUCAAAGUGAAAGCACUUAAUGCCAAGGGUCGUUCUGAGUUCUCUAAUGAAAUUCUGACCACAACCAAAGUCAACAAGAUCCCACAACCUUUGCAAGUUGUCUAUGAUCCAAAUUCGAAAAGGAUUGGUAUUAAUGUAGAGGCCACGUGUCUAUCGUUGGUUGCCAUUGUUGAGUCUGUGGUUCAUGACGAAACACCCAUGGCUAAGUGGCAGAUUAUUGAAAAGAUUCCACUUCAGGUGUCUGGGAAUGGGCCUACAUUUAAGGAGACCAUUAUUGAGCAUAUGAAAGCACCGAGGAGGAGUAGUAGUGCUCGUUCAUUAGGAAAUAACGAAGAGGAUUUCCCAUUGGCCUUGGCAGAUCCGUCAAGUCCUAAAUUGAGGACGAAACUGUGUUUAAGUGUUAAUAAUGAACAUUGCGGCGAGUAUACAGAGGCAGAGAUUCGGAUAUCCUACAUUGGCGAAGCAUCUGCGAUCACGACGCCAACACUGAUUGCCAUCAUUGUAUCCUGUAUUGUGUUCGCCCUGUUCGUAGGACUCCUAUUGAUGUUCUGUCGCUGUAAGCGAAAACAAACAAAGAAGAGUGCAGCAGCCAAGGACUAUGAAAUGGAUUCAAUGCGGCCCUCGAUUGUUGCACAACAAAAUCAAGCUCCACCACCCUAUUAUCCAGCAAGUGGGCUUGAUAAUAAGGCUCUGGAGCAUUCAAUGGAUUUAGCGUUAACGAUGGAGGAUCAAAAGAGCGCGGUAUACGCAACACAAAAUGGAUAUAAUUAUCAUCCGACAGCAGGACUACAGGUUCCUGGACACACAAUACCUGGUAAUGAAUGGGUUAAUAUGGGUUAUAUUGAAAAUAGUUAUUCGAAUUCAAAUAAUGGCGGUAGUGUAAAUUCACAAGAUUCAUUGUGGCAAGUUAAGAUGUCAGCAGCGGCUGGUAACCAAACAAAUUUAGUUCCAUCACACAAUUUUGUUGAACGACAACCAUCAUAUGGUUAUGAUCCUUUGACGCAUGGCGGUUAUGGGGCUGUCGAUGACUACGCAUCCUAUCCGCACCUGACAACAACACCUAGCCAACAUGGGGAUGAAUAUCAUAAUAUGCGUAACAGUCAGAAUCCAUCCAGACAAGAUUAUUGCAGUGAUCCGUAUGCAUCAGUACAAAAACCAAAGAAGCGAAUUGAUCAACACCUAGACUCACCAUAUCACGAUGUCAGCGGUCUACCUGAUCCCUACAUGGAACAAAUGGAACAGGACGACUCGAAGCCACCGCAACAGCACAUGUCGCUAAGCUACGACGAAAGCUUAGAGAGUGGAUACUCAACGCCCAAUUCCAGAAAUCGACGUGUCAUACGUGAAAUAAUAGUCUGAGAUAUGCCUAGGGUGCGUUUCGCAAACGAAACGUGCUCUUGACGAUAUUAAAUCAAAUAAAACAAAAUUGUGUGAACUGAACAAGAAGAAUUGAAACAAAUAGAGCAAGAAAACAUCUUAUACAAAACGAAAUCACAUACACAUAAACGAAGAAGUAAAAAAAAAGAUAUUAAUAUAUAAUUGAUAUGAUCUCACGUAAAUUGAGAAUAUCGAGGAUGAAUUUAUCUAAUAUUUAAGGUAAACUUUACAAAAAGAGAAAUGUCUUAAGGAAUUUCAUGUUCUGUUUCGUUGCAAACAGAACAUUUUUUAUCCCUCCAAAUAGGGUUCAGAUAGGAUUCAAUGUGCAUUUUCAAUAUUUUCUUUGAUUUCAUCGAUUGUAGAUGUGUCGAGACUACGAUUUUUUUAAUUUGAAGGAAUAAAAAUUAAAGGAGAAUAAUGAAAAUUAUCUGUAAGAACUACCAUAAAUAUAUACGUAUGUAUUUAGAUCAAAGAAACGAAAAAAAAUUUGGAUAUUAUUUAAAAUUAGAGCAGAAAGUAAAAAUUGAAAAAAAAAAAUCGCAGACUGAACGUGUAAAAUUGAUUAAAAAAAAGUAUCGAAAAAUUGAUAAGGAAAAAACUUUUCAGAAAAUAUUAAGGAGAAUUUAAGGAUAUUGAAAACAAUGUAAAUGAUCGAUGUUUGUAAAAAAGAAAACGAGAAAUUUGCUAAAUUUUUAAAUUCUAUUGAAUCUUUUUAGCCUGUUAUUUUAGGUGGUGAAAAUAUAUAUCGGAUUCUGAUUUGAA